AUGGCCGCACCUGGUAUGGCGACGCCGACGACAACCAGCUCGUCGAGUGCUGUCCCCGACCACUCCAUCGACACCACGCAGCCCACUACCGCCAGCGAAGCCGGCAGCUCAAAAGGCUCGACUGUCGAUGCUUCGACCGCCUUCGCCGUGGGCCUUUCGGGCUACAUCUUCAAUGCAGGCUUCUGUCACCAGCAGUGGGCAGACGUUCAGGUCACCUUCUUCAACACGUCCCUCAAGCUCCACCGCCUGAUCCUCGCUCGCAGCCCCUACCUGGCGCACCUGCUCAUGAACUCGAUGCCCGGAGGCUCGGUCCAGCUCCUGUUCACUGACGACAACAUUACCGAGGAGGCCGUCUACGUCGCUAUCCAGCACCUCUACAACCCCUCACUGCACUUGGUGUCGUCCUCGAAUGCCCGCGCAGUCCUCGCGACGGCAUACCUCUUUGGCGCCAUGCCCGACCUCGAGCAGCGUGCAUACUCUGUUGUGGCCGAGUCCAUCUCGGCGGCCAACGUCGGCGAGCUGAUCCACUGGCUGAGCGCAAGGAUACCAUCCAACGGAUUCACCUUUGGCUCCAACAUUCCCGGCGCACCCCCUAUUACCGCCACUGAUGGCUGGGACACUGCUCCUGCCAUGUAUGGCGAGUGGUCGACCCGCCUGCGUCACGAGGUGCUCGACUUCCUCCUCCGUGCCCUCCCCGCUCAGCUCAUGGCCGACGGCACGCCCCUCCACACCAACCCCCACCUUCUUACCGCCUACGCCCCUCUUCCCUUUGACCUGUUCAAGCAGGUCGUCGAGUCGCCCGAGCUCCCCAUUUCGUUCAUCCAGGACCGCUUCGGCUUUGCCAAGCGCGCCAUUACUCAGCGUAAAAAGCUCGCUCAGACGCAGGGUGGUGCUGGUACGCCCCCAGGCGCUCAGAUGGAGGAGAGCGUCGUCCUGGCUCUCAAGGACGACGGCGACGGCAUGUCAGUCCACAUUACGCGCAAGCCCAAGCGCUCGCGUGCCGCACUUUGGAAGACGGAGGGAUAG